UGCUGAGCACUGGUUCAGUUUGCUCUGCCCUGUUCUUCUUCACCAAAGACAUGCAUGUAUUGGUUCACCUUACAUAGAGUUGUUGAGCUCAACUUGUGGUAACACUCCCAUUGAGAGAUGCUCACCCAAGAACAGCUGGUGAGGUUCCUGCAGUAGCUUGCUGCUUCUGUGGCCUCACUUCAGGCUGGUUAUUGAGCCUCCUGGUUUCUUCAGGAUUGAACAACAGCCUCCUGGUUUCUGCUUGCUGAAAGGACUGAACAGUUGCUGCUAGUUCGUGCCUGCUAUCUGGCUGCCUAGAGGACUGGUCUGUAGCUGCUGGUCUGUGCAUGGUGUCUGCCUGCCUAGAGGACUGGUCUGCAGCUGCUGAAUCUUAUUUGGUGUUUGCUACGGGACUGAACUGCUGACAAAGAAGAUCGAGCUUGCUCCCAAAGAAUUACUGCUGAACAGGUUCACUUCCCCCAUAUCCUAAUAACUUUUGUCUUCCACUUCCUCUGGUGGGUGGUGGACUAGAGAAGUGGUUAAUAACUUAUUAAAAAUAGGUUUCAAAAAUUUAUGCCUACACACUCCUCUUGAACUUUAGUUAGAGAUUCUGACCGCAGAACAUGGUCUAACUGCCAACAUCCUGUUCUCUUUCUGCUCACACGUUACCCACCAGUUUCCUGUUAGUUUUCCCUGACAUGUUUGUAACACUAUCUUUCUUUUAGGGUUUGAGAUGCAUCCUGUGCAAUCACAGCUCAUACCUCACAUCUCUCCUGCUCUGGAAUCUCUACUGUAUCCAGCUGUGUUGAACUUAGAAUUUGUCACUGUUCAAAGUUCCGGUCUCCUGUCUACAAUGAACACAUCAAGAGUCUAUGGCAAUGUAAAGACAUUUAGGUCUCCAGGAUAUAAAGAAGCAACAUCCCCAUCUCUCCCCCCAGAUGCAUGUCAGUGUCAACACUGGCAUCAGUUGGCUCUGAAACUUGGCUGUGUUGGGCUGAUCCUUCUUCUCUUGAGCCUGAUUGGACUCAGUGUCUUAGUGAGAUUCCUAGUGCAAAAACCACCAAUAGAAAAAUGCAGUGUGGCUGCUCAAGAGAACAGGACUGAACUAACAGGAAGAUCAGUCAUACUAGAGUGCCCAAGACAUUGGCAUCCACAUUGGAACAAAUGCUUAUUUAUUUCUCAAAUUUCCAGACCUUGGGCAGAAGGUCGAGAUGCCUGCUCUAUGGAAGAUGCCAAUUUGUUGCUCAUUGAAAAUAAAGAAGAACUGAGAUUCGUGCAAAACUUUAUAAAGGGAAAAGAACAGCUAUUUUUUAUUGGACUAAAAUAUGUACAGAAGGAGAAGAUCUGGAAGUGGAUAAAUGGCUCUAUUUUAAAUCCUAACCUCAACAGCCAGGUGAAUCUGGAGGCCAUGCUGCUACAGUAGAAAGAGAGUCCGCUAAAGCCUGUUUUUGUUUGUACUGCACUGAGACAAUGGCUCCAGGUACAAGCUCUUGUGUCUAAACUUCACAGCUCAUUCCACAGAACCCAUAUAAAAAGCCAGAUGCAGAAGUAAAUACCUGUAUCUUGGCACUCUCGCAGAGAGACUGGAGGUGGAGAUUGGUCUGGACCUUGGUCCAGAAGAAUUUAGGCCAGUGAGCCUUGAGUCCACAGCAGGUAGAAACAAAAUAGAAAGGGAGAUACUAUGGUGUCAUCAAAUUUGCUGUUCAGUCCCAAGGAACUCUAUAAAAAAAGGAACAAAGAUAAAGGAACAGGAAUGAGGGAGGUCUGCCUACUGUCUGAUAUGUUAUAUCCUCUGCUAGAGACAGGCUAGUCUUGAACUCACUCUUCCUUGCAAUCACCCAGAAGAUGCCUGUGCUUGUAGUUGUCUUCUGGUUUCAUUCCCACAUAUAGGGGUCUCCAGGAAUUUAGGGUAUGAGAUUAGUCCUGCAAUAAAACAAAGACCCACCAGCCUUUGGGAUGACACAGGAAAGAACAGGACCUUGUUCAACAUGAGUUGAGGCUCUUGUCCUCUCUGUCUCCAAUUCUGUAAACCAACUGUGUUCAUUCUGUUUGUUGAAUACAGUUACUGAGCACCUAUAGUGUGUAAGUGUUGACAUGUAUUCAUGUAUAUCUCAAUAUCUCCCCUAAACAUUAGCUGGUUCUCCCCUAUUUAUUUUAGAAAACUGAAGCUCAACAGAAUGAAGAUGCUUUCCACAUAAUCACACAACAUGUUUGUAGUAGGUGGAGUAGGCUUCAUCCCCAAAUCCCAAACCUCUGGGUUUUUAUUUACAUCAUAAUAAAGAUUCUUGCUGAAAGAAUUCUUCCCCAGUGACAGUGCAAUACAAAAUUAUAGGGGUUUCAGCUGUAUCCUUAAUGCUUAUAUAUGUUUAUAAUGUUUAUCACUGUGUUUAUUAUACACAAAUAACAUCUAGAGAUGUAUUCUAGAGAUUUCUUAAAAGUCCAAAGAAAAAUGAUGGCUGAUAUGAUAAUUGUAAGAAAGUCUUGGACAAGUAUGCUU